AUGGAUCGACCGGCGGGGAUGGCGGGACCGGGAAUGGAUAUGCCGAUAAUGCAUGAUAGUGAUCGGUAUGAGCUGGUUAAGGAUAUUGGGUCGGGUAAUUUUGGGGUGGCCCGCCUCAUGAGAGACCGGCAGACGAAUGAGCUUGUGGCUGUGAAGUAUAUCGAGAGAGGUGAGAAGAUUGAUGAAAAUGUAAAGCGGGAAAUUAUCAACCACAGAUCUCUGAGGCAUCCCAACAUUGUCCGAUUUAAAGAGGUCAUAUUGACGCCUACCCAUUUGGCUAUUGUCAUGGAAUAUGCAGCUGGUGGAGAGCUGUUUGAACGGAUAUGCAAUGCAGGACGGUUCAGUGAGGACGAGGCACGCUUCUUCUUCCAGCAACUCAUAUCCGGGGUCAGCUACUGUCAUGCUAUGCAAAUAUGUCAUCGAGACUUGAAACUAGAGAACACUUUAUUGGAUGGAAGUCCGGCUCCUCGUUUAAAAAUUUGUGAUUUUGGCUAUUCGAAGUCCUCGGUGCUGCAUUCCCAACCAAAGUCAACAGUUGGUACUCCUGCAUAUAUUGCUCCGGAAGUGCUACUAAAGAAAGAAUAUGAUGGCAAGAUUGCGGAUGUUUGGUCCUGCGGAGUAACUCUCUAUGUUAUGUUGGUUGGGGCUUACCCAUUUGAGGAUCCUCAAGAACCCAAAAACUUCCGUAAGACAAUACAGCGAAUCUUGAAUGUUCAGUAUUCAAUUCCAGAUUAUGUUCAUAUAUCUCCAGAAUGCCAUCACUUGAUCUCAAGGAUUUUUGUCGCAGACCCUUCAAAGAGGAUAAGUAUUCCCGAGAUCAGGAACCACGAGUGGUUUCUGAAGAACCUCCCAGCAGAUCUUAUGGAUGAAAAGAUGACGAACAACCAGUUUGAGGAGCCUGAUCAGCCGAUGCAGAGUGAUGCUGAAAUCAUGUCAAUAAUUACUGAGGCUACUAUCCCGGCAACUGGGACUAAUAGUCUAAAUCAGUAUCUUACUGGCAGCCUGGAUCUUGAUGACGAUAUGGAGGAAGAUCUAGAGAGUGACCCUGAUCUCGACAUUGAUAGCAGCGGAGAAAUCAUCUAUGCAAUCCUGGAUCUUGAUGACGAUAUGGAGGAAGAUCUAGAGAGUGACCCUGAUCUCGACAUUGAUAGCAGCGGAGAAAUCAUCUAUGCAAUGUGA